CGGGACUUGCAGUGAAAAAAGUACCUGCGGAGAGGCGGACCGUUGGAACUUUAAAGGGAUACAGAGCUCUUAGCUAUAUUUCAGCUAAUGACCUACAUGAGCGUAAAAGCAUUAGGGCUUUUAUAUAGCGUCAGAAAUGACUGAGUGUCAGACUGAUUAAUCCGGCUGUGUGAAUGGGAAGAGCUGAUAAUGUCAAAACUUUCUCUAGGAGGAAAGACGUCCUCUGGUAAAUUAAGCAGCUGGGUACAACCAUCCUUUGUUGAUUUUUUCGGCGGCUCGGGGUUGAACACCCUCCCCUCGACAAAGGGACUUUCCGGAGAAAGCAAGUCCAAAGCACGAUCCUCGAGUGCGGAUGUCGGCGGAAAGAAGCCGAAGAAGAGAAAGGGAGAGCCUCAGAUUUCUAAACUCGAGCCUGCUGUCUUCUCGAGCAGACGAGGAUCAGAGGAGAACCAGGAUGAACCCUGGGUGGAUGUUCAUGCGCCUCAGACACAAGCCGAGCUGGCAGUCCACAAGAAGAAAGUUGAGGAAGUCGAGAGUUGGCUGAGGGUUCAUUUGGACUUAAAGAGCACUAAUAAGGGCGGCGCUGUUCUGUUACUGACCGGCCCGUCCGGCUGCGGAAAGACAGCCACCGUUCGCGUCCUGGCUAAACAUGCGUGCUGUCACAUCCAGGAGUGGACGAACCCGACCACCGCGGAGUACAGGACGGACGACUCCUUCAGGGAGAGCUUCGAUCCAGCCUCCAGGUUUAACAGUUUCCACAGCAGCUCACAGACGGCAGCUUUCCAGGAGUUUCUGCUCCGAGCAAACAAAUACAACCGGCUGCAGAUGAGCGGAGACGACGGGGCUCAGGAAAGGAAGAUCAUCCUCGUAGAGGAUUUUCCAAAUCAGUUCUACAGACAGCCAGGAUGCUUGCAUGACAUCCUCAGGCGUUUCGUGCGGACAGGGAGGUUCCCGCUGGUCUUUAUCGUGUCUGACAGCCUGAGCGGAGACACCAGUUCCAGACUCCUCUUUCCUAAAGACAUACAGGAGGAGCUGAGCAUCCACAACGUCAGUUUUAACCCCGUAGCCCCUACCAGCAUGAUGAAGGUGCUGAGUAGGAUUGCGACUGUCGAAGCGAGCAAGAGUGCUGGGAGGAUCUCCGUGCCUGAUAAGGCAGCACUGGAGCAGCUGUGCUCCGGAAGUUCAGGUGACAUUCGGAGUGCCAUCAACAGCCUGCAGUUCUCCUCUUUCACUGACUUCUCUCUGGAAAAAAGCCUCUGGGCUUCUAAGAAGGGAAAAUCAUCCACAUCUGCAGCAAAACCCUCAGCGAGACCCAAAGGCAGGGGUCGGUCCACUAAAUCCACCGAGGUGCUGGAGGAGAGUCCUGCUAUUGGAGGAAAAGACGCAUCCCUCUUCCUCUUCAGAGCGCUCGGAAAAAUCCUCUACUGCAAGCGAGAAAGCUAUGAAGCUGGUGAUAUUCCUAAGCUACCAGCGCAUCUUUCAGAGCAUCAGAGGGAUAAACUGCUGGUUGACCCCGAGCUUGUUAUUGAGCGUUCUCACAUGUCAGGCGAGUUCUUUAACCUCUACCUGCACCAGAACUACAUGGACUUUUUCUCAGACGUGGAGGACGUGGCGCGGGCCAGCAAGUACCUCUCAGACGCUGACUUCCUGACAGCUGAAUGGACUUCCAGGUCCACCAUGUUGGAGUAUGGAUCUUCAGUAGCCACUAGAGGGCUCAUCCACUCUAACAGCGCCCGCGCUCAGGCUGCUCACCAGUCGUCAGUCGGCUUUAAGCCACUUCACAAGCCCCACUGGCUGCAUAUUAACAAGACGUACCGAGAGAAUUAUCUGACGGCUCAGUCGCUCUUCAUCAGCUUCUGUCUGACACCUGUAAGCCUUGUGACUGAGCUAGUGCCUUACCUGGCCAAGCUCAGCAACCCUAUGAGGAAUCAAGCUCAGAUAACCUUCAUCCAAGAUAUCGGCCAUCUGUCGCUCAGGAGAUUUCCUGGCAGAUUAAAACUUGAAGCACUUGGUGAUAAAGACCCUGGCCUGCUGGACCUGGACAGUGAUCAUGAAGAGACAGGAACCCAGAGCACUGAGCCUGGCACUCAGACCACUCUGCCAGGAGAUACCACUGCUGUGCCCACCCUCCCAAACAGCCAGGAGCCAGGGGGAGACCUCCCCGCUAGCCAGCCUCAGCCAACCACUGCCGAGGCCUUGCUGGACGAGGAGGACCUUCUAAUUGAGGAGUAUGACAGUGACUGACAAAUCACACGCUCCUGUUUCCUAUAUAUCCUAUGCCAUUGUUGCCUUGAGGAGACCCGGUUCUUACGUUAAUGUUUCUGCAUCACUGUGUUUUUGCAUAUGGUUUUAUAAUGUGAAUAAUGAGCAGGUUUAAUAUUUAUUCGGUUCAACACAAACAGUAGACUGUCUUUGUGUCGUGUGUGUGUACAUGUUGGUGUUAUGGUGUUCCUAUCGGACUCGGUCAUAGGGACCUACAGAAUGUGAGUGUUUAUAUAUGAUCUUUAAAAAAAAAAAAAAAAAGUGUUUGGACAUUUCUAUAAUGCUCUUUGGUGUCCAGAAUAAUAUAAUUCUGACAUGUUGGUCCUUUAAUACGUGCCACACUUGAGUAGGCAAUAAAAUUUAUGUUUUGCAA